AUGAAAAACAUCACCAAAGACUAUCAACUUGGAUUUGGUUCUUUUGUGGACAAGACAGUAUCUCCAUUCAUCAGAACUGAAUCAAAAAAGCCAUGUGACGAAAAUGAGAAAUGUAUCCCUGCCUACGGCUUCAGGAAUGUUCUCAAACUUGUGAAAGAUCCUAAGAUAUUUGAGGAUAGUGUUAAGGAACAGAACAUUUCUGGUAACCUUGAUGUACCUGAAGGAGGAUUUGAUGCUUUAAUGCAAGUGACAGUCUGUGAAAAUAAAAUUGGCUGGCGUCCACGUGAAACCUCACGCCGGCUUGUUGUUUUUGUUUCUGAUGAAACAUUCCACAUUGCUGGAGAUGGAAAGCUUGGGGGUAUUGUCACUCCAAAUGAUGGAGAAUGCCACCUUAAUUCAAAUGGAGAAUAUGACAAAUCUAAUGAGCAGGAUUAUCCCUCCCUUGCACAACUUCAUGAGAAACUUCGGGAUAGCAAUAUUCUACCAGUAUUUGCAGUGACAGAACUCGUUAGUGAUCUUUAUCAGAGUUUGAGCACUAUGUGGAGUGAUGUGGGAGCUGUGGCUGGAAAACUUGAUGACAAUUCUGGAAAUGUUGUUUCUCUUAUUGCAAGUAAAUAUGAGGAAAUUGUGUCUAUAGUCCGCCUUGAGUACAAAGCACCAGAGAAAGUGUCAGUUACUGUUAAAGCUAAGUGUGGAGGUAGUUCAGUGAGUAUUCAGAGCCCGAAGUGUUCCAAUGUCAAACUGGGGCAGACGGUUACUUUUGAUAUCUCUGUGAAGUUAGAUGAGUGUCCUGAAUCAGAGGCUGAGAGGCAAAAAAGCCUCAAAAUUUCAGUGCCAGGGUUUGGAUCUGUAACGUUGGAUUUGAGUUUUAUAUGUGAAUGUCAGUGUGAACAACCUAGCAUGAAGCAAAAUAACAGCAAAAUUUGCAAUGGAAAUGGCACAUUGAGUUGUGGAAUAUGUGAAUGCAACCAAGGAAGAUUUGGAGAAUUCUGCCAGUGUAACACACCAUUUGAGAAAACAGAUCUAUCAAAAUGCAAGAGGACUAACUCCUCAGAUGAGCUCCCUUGUAGUGGCAGAGGUGAAUGUGUUUGUGGAAAAUGUGUUUGUAGAUCAGAGCAGGGAAGGCGAUUUUAUGGGGAGUUUUGUCAAUGCAAUGACUUCUCUUGCCCUGAAGAUCAAGGCAAACUGUGUGGAGGUCCCGAACAUGGAGUUUGUCGCUGUCGUAAAUGUAUAUGUAAAGACAAGUAUUAUGGGGAUGUAUGCAACAUAAAGAACUGCACUUACUUCCCACCAGAGACACAAUGCCAGAAAGAUGCAAAUUCCGAAAUUUGCGGAGGUACCGAAAGAGGCGAGUGUAAACAAGAUCCAGAGAACUGUUUCAAGUGUGAAUGCAAAGAGAAGUAUGAUGGGACCUACUGUGAAAAUUGUCCUUAUUGCGAAGAUGGAAUGUGCAGUAGAAAUGAGGACUGUGCAAAGUGUUCAACGUUCGAAGGAAAGUCUUUAGCCGAAUGCAAAAAAGACUAA